GAUGGGUUUCAAAUGAAAACAUCUUUGCUAAUUUUGUUGUCUACAGGAAAUCUGUGUUUUUUAGUCUACCCUUCCAUAGCUUCGUGGCCAAAUUUGAUCUGGCCCCCUAAUAGAGUUGGACGAGAAAAAUAUCUUUUUCAGGUGCGAGUUUCUGUGAUUUUGCCUGUCAGUAUUUCGAAUAACAUUCCAAAAAACACAAGCUUACUGCCUUCUUUGUUCAGAGCUGGGCCUGGUGUACUGGCUGGUCUUCAAGAAGCUGACCGACGAGGACUUGUAAGCUCAGUUUACUUCAAUAUAUCCUUUAGAGAUUCUCAUUGUGAUAACAUUUAUGCUCCUAAGACAUGGACAGAUGCAGUGGUGGAUGGUGUUGAUGUGCUCUUUGGCCCCUCAUGUGAGUAUGGUCUUGCAGCUGUAGCCAGACAAGCUAAGUUCUACAAUGUUAGUUUAAUAACCGCAGGAGGGAUGGCUCUUAACUAUCAGUAUCGGAAGGACAGGCGGGAAGAUGAAUUCUUUUUGCUGACUAGGACAGGGUACAGCUUCCUAGAUACUGCUAAGGCUGUUAGUAAUAUGAUGGAAGAAUUUGAUUGGCAUCGCCUUGUUCUUCUUUACAGAAAAGGAGAUCACGCAGAAUGGACAGGAGAAUUAACGUGCACUCAUGUAAUGUCUGCCGUGGUAGAGGAGAUGAAAAAAAGACAGGUUACCAUUCAAGAGAUAAAGCUGGAUAUGACAGACACUAUUUACAACCAUUCUGUAGAUAUGCUUCGACAAAGAAUGCCCGAGCUAAACUAUAGCAUAUUUGUGAUGUGUGCCAAUGGUGAUUCUAUCCGGGAUAUUAUGCUGGGAGCAGAGGAAAUAGGAAUUCUUGAUACAGGACAAUACGUCUUUAUCAAUAUGGAUAUAAUGACUGGAUACCCACAAACCUAUCGACCUUGGUACUCAGAACAAAGCACAAAAGAAGAAAACAAAAGAGCUGCAAAAGCUUUUGGUUCCGUAUUAACAGUAACAGCUGUGCUUAACAGAGCGAAGGGAUGGACCAACUUUGCCCAAGAAGUCAAGAAUACAUCUAAGGAGUUAUUUGGUUAUAUUGAUUAUGAGGAAAACAAUGUAUUUGCAGCAAACCUUCAUGAUGCAGCACUCUUAUAUGCUCAGGCAUUAAACGAGACAUUGGAAGAAGAAGGAGAAAAGGGAAUUCGUUCUGGUGAAAAUAUCACAAAAAGAAUGAAAAAUCGAACUAUCGAUGGAAUAUCAGGGAAGGUUGUAAUGGAUUGGAAUGGGGACCGAGGUGCGGAAUAUGCCAUUCUACAAUUAGAUGUGGAAAAGCAAGUAUAUCAAAGGGUGAGAAGCUACAAAACUCUUGACUCUGGAGAACAAGUUUACGAGAACGUUUUGGAUUUUAUGUGGCCGAAAUCUAAAGUUCCUUUAGACUUUCCGCCUUGUGGAUUCACAGGAUUGACUGGAGCAUGUGCUCCUGAGGAGGAUGAGGAUGGAACCCAGGCAAUCUGGCCAAUUAUGUUGGUAUUGACCACAACUCUGGUUGUUGUGUUUUUUAUAGGAGCAGUGUUUGUAUACAGACACUACAAGGCUGAAGCCGAGAUUGCCAGUAUGCAUUGGAAGAUCACGCCAGAUAAUAUAAUUCCAACUAAAGAGAUGAGGAGUAGAUUUGGAAGCAAAUCUUCUAUUUACAAGUCUAUUAGCAUUGAUAGCUUGGACUGUGAAGAAAGCAGAAAACAGACGUACGUGAAAACUGUAUUCUUUAAGGGGAAUAUCGUAGCUCAUAAACAUCUGUACACCAAAUCGAUCAAUCAGAACAGGUCUUUACUUUUGGAACUUAAGCGCUUAAAAGACGUUCAACAUGAUAAUAUUGUGAGGUUUGUCGGAGCAUGUCUUGAACCAGAUUGUUCAUUUGUUUUAACAGAAUAUUGUCCACGAGGUUCCUUGCAGGACAUACUUGAAGAUAGUGGAAUGCAUUUAGAUGCUGAUUUUAGGUUUUCCUUGAUUUAUGACAUCGUUAAGGGUUUGUUUUUUCUUCAUUCUUCAGACCUAAGAAUACAUGGAAAUCUCAAAUCAUCUAACUGUGUAGUUGAUAGCAGGUUUGCCGUGAAACUCACUGAUUUUGGAUUACUUUCAUUGAGAAGAGAAGAAAACUCAGAUGGAACGGAGGAUAAUGAAUUCUGGAAGCGAAAGCUUUGGACAGCCCCAGAGCUUCUAAAUACAAGUGGAGGGAGUCAGAAAGGAGACGUUUACUCAUUCUCUAUUAUCCUUCACGAGAUAGUUGUACAGCAGGGCACAUGGGGCAUCAACUUUAACUGUUGGUCACCACAAUAUAUUGUGCGAGGAGUACAAGUUGAGUUCCUUAGACCUUCUCUGGAUUUUGACAUAGAAAUCGAAAUGGUUCAUUUAAUAGAGAGAUGUUGGUCACAGGAACCCGAUCAGAGACCAGAUAUUAGUACAAUAAGAAAUGAUGUGAGAAAGUUGAAUAAAAUCAGUACAAGUAACAAUAUAAUGGAUAAUCUAAUGUCCCGGAUGGAGAGGUACGCUAACAAUCUUGAAGGAUUGGUUCAGGAGAGAACACAGGACUAUUAUGACGAAAAGAGGAAAUGUGAAGAUCUUCUCUACCAACUUCUUCCACAAUCUGUUGCAAACUCACUGAUUGAAGGGAGAACAGUUAUGGCGGAGAAUUUUAAAUCUGUCACAAUUUACUUCAGUGAUAUUGUAGGGUUCACAAAGAUUUCAGCUGAAAGUGAUCCAAUUCAAGUCGUGGAUCUCCUUAAUGAUCUCUAUACAUGUUUUGAUUCUAUUAUAGAACAUUUUGAUGUAUACAAGGUGGAAACCAUAGGAGACGCCUAUAUGGUGGUUUCAGGUUUACCUAAAGUUCAUGAAAAUCAUGCACAGGAGAUUGCGGGCAUGUCCCUCAGCAUAAUUAAGAGUGUUGGGAAAUUUCAAAUCAAGCAUAUGCCUGAAGAGAGACUAAAACUUAGAGUUGGUAUUCAUUCGGGUCCUUGCUGUGCGGGUGUUGUAGGUAUCAAAAUGCCACGGUAUUGCCUUUUCGGAGACACAGUCAACACAGCUUCUAGAAUGGAAUCCAAUGGACUUCCUUUAAAAAUACAUGUCAGUGAAAGAACAAAAGAACUCCUUGAAACAAGAGGAAACUUCAUUCUUGAUCCACGUGGAGAAAUGGAGAUCAAGGGAAAGGGGAAAAUGAAAACUUACUGGCUAAUCAGAGAGGAAAAUCCGACAAAAUUUAGCAUACCAAAGGAGCCAGAUUGUAACAGCCUUCCAAAACCGCGAAACAAAAAUACAAAUAAUCAAAAAUUUGUAAAUUUUGAGAACAAGAAAGUGUUUGAAAUCGAGAGAGAGCAGGAUUCGGAUGAUUAUUUGUCAAAACUGAUGCCUAUCACCAAAUGCGGUGCAGAAGAAAUAUGCAAUUUUACACGUAAAAAGAAAACUGUUAAUUUUAGCAUGAAUCCAUAAUGUUUUAAAUGUGGAACCAUUUCUUUAAAUAAUAAAUGUUGUCAUGAAAAUGUGGUAUGUCAAUCUUUUUUUACAAUUUGGUCAUGCUCGCAAGAUAUAUCUGAACAGGAUGUUUACUAUA